UUCAUGCUGGUGGGAUAGCCAUAAAGAGAUCAUCCAGGAAUGGUGGAUCACUUGCUUCCUGCGGACGAAUCUUUCUCAUCCAUGAGGCCCGCUAUUGGAUACUUUGGGGACAUGACAGCUGUUGGGCAGUCAUACCAAAUGCUGCCUUCCCCCUUGUCAGAAGACGACAGCGAUUCAUCAAGUUUUUGUUCGUGUUCCAGCCCUGAUUCCCAGGUUCUUGGCUCAAGCUAUGGGAGCUCAUCGAGUAUGGAGAGUCAGGACAGUAUCUUGGACUACCUGUUGUCCCAAGCAUCUUUUGGGAACAGCCCUUCCUCUUGGUGGGACAAAAGGAGACUUCAGCCCAUUGUGAAGGAGGAACAUUUUAGGAUGCCAGAGUUCAUGGUGGAGAUGGAAGAUUCUGGACCGUUUCAGCCCACCCUGGAGGAGAUUGAGGAGUUUCUAGAAGAGAACAUGAAGGCAGACUUCAAGGAAGGGCCUAAAAGUGAGACCAAAGACAUAAGAGCGUGUAGCCAGAUUACCAUGGCUUCCAUACAGCAAAAAGACCACAUGGUGCCAAGUAAUAGUUUAAAAGAUAGCAAAAGUGAACAGGCAAGCAGCCCGCUGGAAAGUAGCCAUGCAUCAAAUGGAGCCAUGUCCCUUGAUGGAGGGAUACCGGUCAUGCUCCAAAUCCAACCAGUACAAGUGAAACAAGCAACAGACACGAGCCCAAGUUCACAAGGACCAGUGCAAGAGAACAUUAAAAUUGCACAACUCUUAGUCAACAUCCAAGGGCAGACCUUUGCACUUGUGCCACAGCUUGUUCAAUCGUCCAACUUGAACUCAUCCUCCAAAUUUGUUCGCAUAGCCCCAGUUCCAAUUGCUGCAAAACCUCUUGGGCCAGGAGGUACAAUCCAGGGUCAAACUGGGGUACUCAUGGGUCAAAAGUUUCAAAAGAACCCUGCAGCCGAACUUAUUAAAAUGCACAAAUGUACUUUCCCGGGAUGUACCAAGAUGUACACCAAAAGCAGCCAUUUGAAAGCCCACCUGAGAAGGCACACAGGAGAAAAACCUUUUGCAUGUACUUGGCCUGGUUGUGGAUGGAGGUUCUCCCGAUCAGAUGAGCUCUCUCGACAUAGGCGGUCCCACUCCGGAGUGAAGCCUUAUCAGUGCCCCGUGUGUGAGAAGAAAUUUGCUCGAAGUGACCACUUGUCCAAGCAUGUCAAAGUUCACCGGUUCCCUAGGAGCAACCGCUCCAUGCGUUCCGUUAACUGAUGCCUCCCGGCGUGCACCUUUUCACUUGUCCGUCCAACAACAGCCGCUGGCAGCACUUUGUUCUGCGUCUUUCUCGUGAUAAUUUAUUGGUCUCCGUGUAACAGGCCGCAUCAUGACUUAACAGAGCCCG